AUGAAUGGCCAACCCUCAUCAGAUGCCCGCGCUUACAACCCAAGACACGUACCAACGCUCGCGCACGGCUUAGAUGCGGUAUUGAAUAGGUGUGGUGUCCAUUGGCUUCAAGAUCCAGACACAGGAGAAUUCAAUUUCCCAAAAUAUCUGGCCACAAUCCCUCAACCAGAUCAGUUCGCUUUUGACAGAGUGGGGAGGUUUAUGCCUCCCUCAAAGGACCCAAACAUGCCGCGCAUCAUGCGAGACUCCUUCAGUAUGUUUGGUGGAUCGACCUCUUCCUUGACUGGGAUCUUGGGUCAGAUAUACUUCCUUCUCUCCGAUUUCAAGCCGACCAGCAACGACAUGCUAGGAUCAGAGUUCAAAGAUGCCCCGAGGGCGUUUUCUCGCGGGCAACGCGUGGCUUCCUCAGUCUGUCUCCAUUACUCAAAAGGCACCUACCUCACAGAUAUAGACGAGUCUCAUUUGCCUUCAGAAGAGGUCCCGAUGAUUUUGCUGUCCCUUGGCAUACUUUUGGAAAAGUUUUUGACGCUGCCCCAGGAAGAAUUUGCCCAGCUACUCAAGAGUAACGAAGGAGGCUCUUAUACACAACAUGAAGAUGUUCACCGUUAUGCCAAGGCAUUUCUCAUGCGAUCCCAGCUGGACUGUGUUCAUGAAAACUUGCCUGGAAGUGGUGUAUUCGACCUGAAGACACGCGCCAAUUAUCAUGUCCGUCAUGAUGUUUACAACUACUUGCAACAUACCAAUUCCACCUUACGGUCACUGAAAGGCCCGACAGACAGUUUCGAGAAGGAGUUUCACGACAUGAUCCGUAACUCUUUCCUGGAUUACUCCUUCCAAGCGCGUAUUGGUAAUAUGGACGGCGUUUUCGUCGCAUUCCAUAACACUGCACGUAUUUUUGGCUUUCAGUAUAUUUCCCUGGAUGAGAUGGACGAGUGCCUUUACGGUGUCUCAGGCACCGGCCAACGCGUUUUCCAGCGCUGCGUUUACAUCAUGGAACGUUUGUAUCGCACAAUCACGAAGAGUUUCCCGAAGAAAUCCCUAUACUGCACCUUUGAGACUCGCGGAAACGUUGCGAAAGGGACACCCCCUGUACUCCGCGUCUGGGUCGAGCCCAAGGACUACUACGGUCCUGGUAGAUCGCGGCCUGUCAAGGAGUUUACUCUCAGCCUGGUGAACUAUGUCGACGGGGCGCGAGUGUCUGGAGACGAGGCAGUCAUGAGCAAAUCUCCUUGGGAUGUGCGCUAUGUCAUCGAGCUGCGUGAGAAGGAUCAAAAGGCGAUCAGACGUCGCCGCGCCAAGGCAUACGCGGCACAGAGAGGUCUUGGGUCCUUCGGCCCAGCUCGUACCCCUACGCAGGACGAACCAGCGGAGGAAGAGGAGACAGACGAUGACCUCCCUGACGUGUCAUCGACUGAGGUCACGUCUGUGAUUGAAGGCCACGUGGACGACACCAUGAUUGCGUCGCAACCUAACGCGCCGCCCGUCGACGUAACAAGCUAG